GACGCCAAAACUGCUCUUGGGCAUCCACGGCCCGCCCGACCACGAGCCCGGCGCGAUCCGCCUCUCCGUCCGCCACCACCAUUUCUCCCGCCAUCUUUGCUCGCCAUGGGCAACUCGCAGGGCAAAGAGUCGCACUCAGACAGGAGAGGCCACGGCCGCCGCUCUAGCGCACACCACAUCCACUCUCCCACCACAGGCGGUCCCGGCCACGACCGACCGGGCAACAAUCCCUAUGGCAACUCGAGAAGCCACAGAGGCAGCCGGCCAGACCUGUCUAUCCUGGGCUUCCGUUCAGGAGACCAGGCCGAGCGAGAUCCUGCACUUGAGCCGCGGCGCGAGACAAAGGCCGAGAGAGAGGCCCGCAAGCUCGAAAGAGAACGCAUCCUUCGGGCGCAGGAGCGAGAGAGAAGUCUAAAGGAAGAGGGCGUAGAUGGAGGCUAUUUGGUCACGCUCGGCGUCUACACUGGACCUGAGGAUUUUAGCAAGCCCAUGGUACGGCAGUUGCAGAUUGAGCGCCGACUGGCUCCCUUCUGGAGAGGUCUCGAUGAUCAUCAAGACACUUGGACUGAGCAUCAACUCGUCGAGGUUGUAAAUGGCCGUCCACUGCCUGCUGCCGACGCUAUCCCCGUUGAAGAGCUGCCUCGCCCGAACAACAACCUCAGCCCAGCGUGGAACCCCCGCAGCUCUGAGCCUAACCUGAACAAACUCACUGUGCCCAUGGGCUCUCGAUCCAUGUCUCAGGAGCCAGAGCGGGCGGGCAGCUUGUCACCUUCGCACCCAACCUUCUCCCUGCCUUCGCCUACAUCCCCAAUCUCGAACAAUUCCUCCUCGUCGCCCUUCUUCCGUGGGCGCGCCAAAACCCUCGCUUCUCUCGCAACCGGCUCCCGCAACGCUUCGCAAGCAGACAUGGCACCCCGGGAAAUACAGUUGCCCAAAGACCCAUAUGUGAACGGGCAGCGGGUCGAGGCUUUCCUGUAUAAGAACGCCUCCGAGUGCCCCAUCUGCUUCAUGUAUUACCCGCCUCAUCUGAACAGGACACGGUGCUGCGACCAGCCUAUUUGCUCAGAGUGCUUUGUCCAAAUCAAGCGCCCUGAUCCGCAUCCACCAGAGCACCACGGAGAGCCUGGAGCUGAAAACCCGCCAGCUGAGUCAGAUGAGGAGAUUCAAUUGGUGUCAGAGCCUGCUGCGUGCCCAUACUGCACACGGACUGAGUUUGGAGUCACAUAUGAGCCACCACCUUUCAGAAGAGGACUGGCCUACAACGGGCAAGGCCCAAGUAACCUGGAUAGCGGAGCACCUGCAAUGUCAUCCACGUCGUCUUUGAACUCACCAACCACACCCGGAUCAGGGCGAAGAAGGGCCACAUCGCUUGCAGUCACUGAUAAGACGGUAGUCACAACAGACAUGGUGCGGCCCGACUGGGCAAAGAAGCUUGCCGAUGCAAAGGCCCAUGCUCUACGAAGAGCUGCAGCAGCCACGGCUCUGCACAAUGCUGCGUAUAUGAUGGGCAACCUGCCACAAGGGGAGAGCCGGUUUGGUCUCGGCAGACGAAGGCGAUUGUUUACCGGCGAUAGUGGUGGUAGCAGUGGAAAUGGAACACCUCGACGCGAAGGGGAAAGUUCCUCAGGCCAACCAGGGGCAUCGAGCGAUAUGCUUCCAAAUCGGAUCAGUUCGAGGAGAGGCAACAGACUCGAUGAUCUGGAAGAACUCAUGAUGAUGGAAGCUAUUCGUCUUAGCUUAGUAGCCGAGGAAGAACGCAAGAAGAAAGACGAAAAAGAUGCGGCUAAAGAAGCCAAGAAAGAGGAAAAGAAGAAGGCCAAGGAGAACAAGAAGGUCGCAAAAGCUCAGCGCAACAUUGGCAGCGGCUUCCACCCCAUAAUCAUUGAUGGGAAUGACGAUGCGGAAGCCAGUAGCUCGGCUGCGGCAGGCAAAGGCAAAGGAAUCGACCGAUCUGGCGGUGCUGCAGGUUUUGGCCCCAUGUCAGAACCGACGUCGACUCCCAGUACUGCCACUACAAAGGAUGACCCUCAAGGGCAUCUUGAAGCCAGUCGUGCGCAAAUCCAGCGAGAGACAUCCGACUCCACCAAUUCUGCAACAUUGGACCCGAACAGCAACGAGCACCGCGCUAUGCUUCGCAAUCUAUCAAAUGCCUCUUCAUCCGCGUCAUCAUUCUCCGAAUCUUUCCACAACUCUUUCAGGCAAGAGAGCCAGCAUAAUUUGGCACCUGGUUCAUCCUCCGAGCCCAGUUUGAAUGCCUCAGGCGCGUAUUUGGGCCAGAGCGAAACCCCUCCACACGAAUCCAACAGUACAGAGCCCAUGUUCAAUUUCCAGAGGCUCACAGAAGCCAUCUCUCCUGAAGAAAAAAAGAACGACAACAAACCUCAGUUUAUUGAGGAUGUCGGUGAGAAAAAGGCCAAGUCGGGACUAGACGCCAACACUUCCAAAGAUUCGGGCGACGCUGCCAAAGUGUUGGAUUCACUGACCGAGAGCACGGCGACGCUCAAGCCAAAUGAUAAUGUGUCGAAAUCGCCUGGUGCCCACGAGAAUCACAGCGACGAGAUCAGACCAGCGCCUCCUGUUCAGCUCGUUUCCGGGGAGCACUCUCACUUUGACCAAAAGCAUAUCGGGGAAGUCAGCAUGGCACAUCAGGUCAGUCACCAUGCCACCCAGUAGUGUUCGCAUUUCAAAUCCAACGUUAUUUCCUAUCAUUUCACAUCACUCCCAUGGCUUGCAUUCCCAUCGGUAUCUAUACGGCGCGGCGGAGUCGUGGUGCUCUCCCAUUAGCAACAAUCACUAUGGUUUCCUUGAGUGGAGUUACAUUCGCACAACAUGUAUGGAUAUGGAUCAAUGCAUCUUGGAUGAAAUUGUUAUCGACAUUGAACAAGGGCAAGCUGAGGCGACGUGGACCCACGACGUGAGAAGCACAGAUGUCUGUCAGCAGAGCAAGCGGAGUGUCUCGGUCGACCGUUUUGUAUUGGUUCACUAGGCAUCAUUCAUUUGUACAAGAUAGCAACAGUCCAUGUAGGUUGAAAUAGCAUUCAAUU